CAAGCCUGCCUCUGCAGGCCUGACCUUUGCAUCUGCUGUCCAUGUGAGCUAACCCUGGGAGCAGCUACCAGAGCCAUUUGCACCACCUCCCACAGCAUGCUGGGGACAGCUGUGAAGCCACCUGUCCAAAGACAGCUGUAAGCCCAUCGAUCUGGGUGGCCAUACUCACAGCCAACUGUCUGGGCCCUGCUGGACCAUUACUGACACCUGCAGGUUCGGGUGCCAGCACCUGAGAUGCAUCUACUCUGGAGGCUCCUGGUUCUCCUCCUCGGAUUGCUAGCCUUGCCCUCAGCCCUGCCCAAGCAGCCUUGGCCUGGACUGACCAAGGCUCACAAGGAUGGCCGGUCCACCCUAGCGAGAACCUUGGCAGGAACUGCUGUGUGCUUAGCAUGUGUUUCUAACUAUGUCUGUAUCCAGCUGGGCAUGGUGGCAUGUAUGCCUUUAAAACCAGUACCUGGGAGUCAGAAACAGUUAUUGCACAGGGCCUCCUGAAGCUCAAUGCAGAAGGACGGAUCCAGAGCAUGCGCCUUCUGGACCGUCUGAACGUCUCAGGGACAGUGGCUCCAGGGAUGGUGGGCUGGCUGAUUGGUGGCAUGAACUUCCAGCAGCAACAAGAAAUCAGCAUCAACAUUACCAAUGUGCAGCUGGACUGUGGUGGGAUCCAGAUGGCUUUCCCCAAAGAGUGGUUCUCUGCAAACAUCACACUUGAAUUUGACAUUGAAUUCAAACUGCCCUUCAAUUCGAAUAUCAUCAAAACGCAUGCCUGCAUGGGCCUCACUGCAGAGUCCUGGCUGGAGAAAGAUGAGUUUGGCCGGAGGGAGCUGGUGAUGGGCAGGUGUCGAAUGGAGCCCAGCAGUGGGGGUGCAUCCAUGUCCACUGAGGAAACCUCACCGAAGAUGAAACAUUUUCUCCAUAACCUCAGAGAAAGCCUAGGGAAAGUUAUCCCAAAUCUGGUAGAAAGUCAGGUCUGUCCUCUGAUUGGUGAGAUCCUCCGGCAGCUGGAUGUGAAGCUGCUGAAAGGCCUAGUAGAACAGGUGCCUGCUCAUAAUCUGGGUCAACCCUGAAUCAGUCAGAUCUCUGCUGCCAGACUCAAGGAGCCUCCCAUUGCCUGCCAUUGAUCAGAAGGAGGUACUUCCGAUUGAGACCUUAAGUCUCCCUCAAUGUGUGGCUUCUGCUGUCCCCUGGAAAAAAAUGACCCCCAGGUCCCAAAACAUCCUGUCCUUUCCAACAAUAAACUCUAAGUCUGAAGGGA